GCGGGCACGCGAGCGCGGCAUGGACGGGCACGGGCACAACCGGGCACAGUGAACAGGCACGGACCGAGCGGCAAGACCCCGGGUUACCGCUGGAUUGCGCCCUCGGAGGGUCCUCCCUUCUUGGCCACGAUUCGAGGUCAGGCACCGGCAACCAGGCUGGAGGCCGUGGCAGUGGGCCCAAGGUUGCCCUCAUGCUGAAUCCAAGCCCUGACUCCUUCAGCACGCUUUCCUUGCAGGUGGUGAACCCAAGAAGGCAUGAAGUGUGAAGCCAGGGUCGCGUACCCGGCUGGAGAAGACAGCGGUGGGUGGGCCUGUCCCAAGACAUGCGUGUCUCCCCGUCCAUAGCUCACCAGGUCCUGGGCAAACUCCCCAGGCACCUGCCAGGACCUGGUCUCCUGGCCAGGGGUGUGGAGAAAGAGGAAGGCGCUGCUCUGUGAAUAGCAUCAGGCAUGUUGGUGGCCAAGAGGAAGAGGAAAGCACUGCUGUGUGAAUAACACCAGGCAUGUUGGUGGCCAGGAGGAAGAAGAAGGCACUGCUAUGUGAAUAGCAUUAGGCAUGUUGGUGGCCAAUAGGAAGAAGAAGACACUGCUAUGUGAAUAACACCAGGCAUGUUGACAGCAACGUCUUAUUAUCUAGUGGCUGAACAUACACCCUAUUCUGUAACUAAUUGGUAAGCUGGCUUAUAUCAGCUUCAGUAGUAUUGGCAUAAGGCUCUCCAAAGCAGAAGGGAGGUGGUUUCAUCCUGAAAGACAAUGGUGCUGGUUACAGUUUUGAGGACCUAAGCUCUUGGAAGUAUUUUGCUCUCCAUCGUAGUUGCUAUUUCAUCAAUGCUUUGGCAAUGUUUCAUCACUGUGGAUGAGCUACAGCAUCGCUGAUCUUGGAUGCCCUUGCCACAUCACAAGGGACUGACAUGGCAGUGACAAAUUGGCUUGGUAACCCUCAGAGCCAGUCAGCUUCCAAGCAGCCAUGGUAACCUGUGGCUGGACCAACCUCGAUGUGGGGUGGAAAGAUGGCCCGUGACAUUGCUGCUCAGCAUCGCUGUGUGAAAAGCAGGCAGCCAUCUAUCACCCUCAAUGAAGGAGUUCUGGGGAAAGACGUUAAAAAAAAGAAGAAGAAACCUGAGAAAGGCUUCAUGACACAAGCUAGGCAGCAAUGGCCGGGGAAGACUGUGUAAGAAAGCGCCAGUCUGGUUCCACUACAACCUGCAAGGCCCCUGAGAAUGAAGAAACACGGAGGAGACCUGAGAGCGAGAGGUCAUUUCAAAACUCAAGCAAUGGCCGGGUUGAUGUCGACCAUGUGAUAACAAGGAAAAUGCAGCUAAUAGCAGAAGCUGAGCAAUUGAAGCCAGCUUUCAUGAAGGAAGUGGACAGUCACUUCACAGAGUUUGUGAACAGUUUAGUGGCAAAAUCGGCACUCCUGGAUUCCUCAUCUUCAGCCUCCCCCUUCCCAGCAUCCUACUCAGAGAAGGAACUGCACAAAGCCAAGACCUUGAGGGCCCCUCCAGAACAUGGGAAGAUCUUUACUGCCAGGAAGUCCCUUUUGGAUGAGCUCUUUGAAGUGAGUCACAUCAGGACGAUCUACCACAUGUUCAUCGCUCUUCUCAUUGUCUUCAUCCUCAGCACACUUUUGGUAGACUUCAUUGAUGAAGGAAGGCUGGUCCUAGGGUUUGAUCUCUUGGUCUUUGUUUUUGGAAAGUUUCCAGUCGUCUUCUGUACUUGGCUGUGCAUGUUCAGUGCCACAGUUAUCAUCCCAUACAACCUUUUUGUCUGGUGGGCCCAAGGCUACUGCAGCUCCUCCCGUCGUGUAAUCCACUCUUUUUUCUAUGGGACGUUGUUCACGCUCUUCCAAACAGUGGGACUUGGAUUUGGACCAACCUAUGUUGCUGUAUCAUAUGCCCUGCCUCCAGCUUCCCGUUUUAUUGUCAUACUGGAACAGGUUCGUCUUGUUAUGAAGGCUCAUUCAUUUGUCCGAGAGAAUGUGCCCAGAGUCCUGUCCUCUGUAAAGGACAAGUCCAGCACAGUACCUAUUCCCAGAAUUUCUCAAUACCUGUAUUUCCUUUUUGCUCCCACCCUCAUCUACAGAGACAACUACCCCAGGAAUCCCAUGAUAAGAUGGAGCUAUGUGGCUACUAAGUUUGCACAGGUGCUUGGUUCUCUUUUCUAUGCCUACUACAUCUUUGUGAGACUCUGCAUUCCUCAGUUUCGAAACAGUAGUCAAGAAACAUUUAAUCUUCGAGGGCUGGUCCUCUGCAUCUUCAACUCCAUUCUGCCAGGUGUACUGAUUCUCUUCCUGGUUUUCUUUGCGUUCCUUCACUGUUGGCUUAACGCAUUUGCAGAGAUGCUGCGCUUCUCAGACAGGAUGUUCUACAAGGACUGGUGGAAUUCCACUUCCUAUGCAAACUACUACCGAACCUGGAACGUGGUGGUACAUGACUGGCUCUAUUACUAUGCUUACAGGGAUUUCCUUUGGUUUUUUGGUAAGAAGUUCAAAGCAGCAGCAAUGCUAUCUGUCUUCACAGUAUCAGCUGCUGUGCACGAGUAUGUCCUGAGCACCUGCUUUGGCUUCUUCUACCCAGUUCUCUUCUGCCUGUUUAUGUGCUUUGGAAUGGUCUUCAACUUCAUCCUUAACGACCGUCGGAAAGGACCUAUCUGGAACGUGAUCAUGUGGACAUCUCUCUUCCUGGGCCAGGGUGUCAUCAUCUGCCUGUACAGCCAGGAGUGGUACGCCCGCCAGUACUGCCCCUUGGAGAGGCCCACAUUCCUGGACAACUUAAAACCACGCUCAUGGUCGUGCCAUAUGAAGUUGUAAAAAUGGUGUGCUCUGGCCAUGUCAUCGCAGAAAAUCAGAGCUGUCCUCCAAGUGUUUGGACCAAUGACCUAACUCACUAUGGACUUUUUCUAAGGGAAGUGGUGCCUCCUGAUUAUUGGGGAGAAACUAAUUUUUUUUUACACAUUACUGGGGCAAACCAGUUGACCUGGAUUGCAACAGGCUUCAUAGGCAGCAUCUACAACGUGCUGUCCCACUUUGAGCCAUUUCCAUGCCAGUAAAACACUGAGCUGAAGGUGGAGUCUACUGGAAUCCUACUCAUCCAGGGAUUCCCCCAAGCUGCUGCUCUUCUGGACAAUAGAUGGUCCAGUUAGAUUUGCUCAUAGCUCAUUGCUGGCAUCCGUCCACCUUCCUUUAGCCACCCCUUUGCAAGUUUUUUUUCUCACUUUUGGUAAUGGGAUGUCUACAAAACUUCUAUUCUUUGGGAUCCCACCCACUGCCAUGAUGCAGACAAGUGGCAGAGCAACAAGGUAUUUUCCCCCUUGCUCUGAAAAUAGCCAAAGUAUUCCUGGAUGACUUUGAACUCCAUUCCUUGUAUGUUGGCUGCCUAAAACGGGCAGAGGAAGAGGGAAUGGUCAGUUUACUUGUGGCUGCAGUGGAGAAUCAGGUUCAGGAGCAGGGCACACUGUGUGCAGUCUUUGUAUGACUUUCUAUGCUGAAGAUCUGUUUUCUCUGUCUUCAUUAAGUUCCCAACAGGCUUACAGCAUUUUUGUUCUGUGAAGGCCUUUACAACUUGAAGAAUAGUUUUCCUUCUAGCUCUUCUCUUGCUCCAGAGAAUCAAGUAUUUUAACACAAAUAACUUGUAAAAGAGCUUUUGCUUUAAUUUGGCGGGUGCUUUAAGGUAUAUGAACUGUUAAGGCCUUGUUUGGUGUGAAAGAUUUGAGAUCCCACAGCCCAACUGUAAGAAAAUGCAGUGGACUUUGCAGGAAUGUGGCACGUUCCCAUCCACCUUGGCCACGUCCAGUUCAGCGUGCCAGCAUGUCCUGGUGCCUGUCACCAGCACGUGGGGUAGCAGCUCCUAAAGCGGUUGGUGGAAAACAAGGAUUGACCCAGUGACUGGAGGCAGAGCUGCAUCUUCAUCUGCCUGUGCCUCCUCGUAAGUCACUGAGGACUUCAAGUGAAGACCAGUCUCCAAAGUGCUGCCCACCUCUUGCUGGAAGAGGUAGAAGAUCCUCCCAUACACAUAAAGGGAGAAGCGUUAUGUGAAUUGAGUGUUUCAAUAUCUCUUGUAUUAGCCAGAGUCUCUUCAGUGCCCUUCUCCUGUCAGAUGUUAAGCAAAAAAGGGAGCUACACCACUCCCUAUCUUUCCUGGAAUUGCAGCUCUCGUUAUUUUGAGAGAGAGGGUGGCCUGGUAGAGGUGCCUCACCUUUGCUCACAAGCAUUUCUGAGUUACUCGAAUGUUCUUCACUGGCACUUUUUGGUAACAGCUUCUCCACGCUCACCUGCAGCCUAGGUAUUUGAUACCAGCAGUAUUGGGGCAUGUCUCUCAAUACACUUAACCCUGUCUUUUGGGCUUCUAGUUUUACCAACUGGAGUCAAAAGUCAUUUUGUGAAAGAUGGGUGAUACUUAAACUCUUCCAGGUUUUCAGUUUCCCCUGAGAAUGUAUCCUGCUCUUCAGAAGGGAUCUUGUGUAAGGUCACAUUUGCUAAAUACAACAUUUGCAUACAGGGCUCUCCCGAAAAUACCUCUUACCAGAACCUGCUUGUUGAGACAGUUGGGCUAAUUUCAGAAGAAAAGGGUUCAUGUAUGUACUCAAAAAUACUUGGCAGUAUUAGUAUAUAGAAUCUUGGGAAUUAAAUGAGUUACUUUCUCCUCAUUCAAUUUGAUUAAUCCUAAAUCUUUCACUGUAGCUUUUGUGGGAAGAAGGGACAGAAGUAUCAGAGAAACCAACCUUCCUUUUUGGGGAAAAACAACCUCAAACAAAAAACCCCACUCUUUGGCCAAACAGCUUUGCCACCUCCUUAGUAUGGAGUAAAAUCUAGUCCAGUACAUCUUAGUUGUGGUGCUUCAAACACUUGGAUACAGCUGUGACUGUGCUCAGACAGAGGGUUAUGCAUUAGGGACCUGAUUUGUCAUCUUGAUGCCUGUGCCAGGUCUUGCUGCCCUUGGCAUUCCCUAAAGGAGAUCAAAUCAUGGCCCUUGCUGCCAAGGAUUGGUGUUUCCCUCAUGAUUGGCACUGCUAUAUUUCUGAUAACAUCGGUAUUAACUAUGUCAGCAUCCACAGGGUUGUUUGAAGCCUGAGGGCUAAUGCAUCUGGCAAGCAAAAGGCAACCAGAAAGGGAUCCUCAGCUGUUGGAACUGGUCUUACGUAAUUUUUGAUGGAUUGAGGUUUUUUGCCUUGUAGAUCAAGGUGUCUGGCAACCAUGCUGUCAGAGCAUUAACAAUUGACAUUUGUUUCCAUUUCAUGAGGUUUUUCUAAAUAUUGCUUUUGAAUGUGAGCCUCUCCUCAUCUUUCUCAAGAGGGCUGGAAGGGAAAGACUAAGUCUUUUGCACAUUGCUUGUUCAGAGCCAAUUAUCCCACGUUUGUUUGAAUAUUAUUAGGCUGUGAGUGCCAGAGGAUGGUGUUCUGGUCAAUGAUGAGGAUGCUGGGGCUCACACCCUGCCCUUCACAAGUUGUUAAUAAUAUGAAUAAUAAUAUUUACUGGUUUCUGUGGUUCUUUCCGACACAAAAAUGGUGAAGCUCACUUCCGUGGUAACUCCCUCAGUUAGGAGGUGGGAAGCCUCCAGCUUUGGAAUGGCAGCCUGGAAUAACAUCACAAAAUCAGUAUUAAUGUGGUAAAAUGUAUCCUGGUUUUCUUAACUGUUUGUUCUCUGAAGGACUGAACCUCUGCAGAGUCUUCAUGCCUACUAUGUCCUUUCUGCUGGGGGAUUUAGCUCCCAGCCUUGGGAGGUGAAGUGGUUCUGUGUCUGAGCUGCUGACUGUGUGCUGGCCCACAGCAGAAGGCCGAGUAGGACAUGUUGUGGUGGGAGUGAGGGAAAUCCUGAUGCCUAUUUUUAAUAUAAGACAAAAUGGGUUGUGUCCAUCAGCCCUGCCUGCUGAGGGCAGCCGGAGCUGCUGGAGCUCCCACCAUCCGAACGUAGCCGUGCUGGCAGGCAGCAGCCCUGCAGGAGCUAUGAGCAGCCCCAGGGGGCUAUGGACCAGCUCCUUGCUGUCCUACUGAGCUUGGGCCCCUCUCCUCUCCCAGGGCCUGCAGCUGGACCGAGGAGCCCCUGCUACCCCUUGGCCUGCAGCGGUGCAGGAGAGGGACUCAGCAGAGGGUAGCCCAGUGCUGCUGCCACACGCUGCCAUGUGCUGGGACACAAGCCCUUCCCUCUGUGCCACCCCUGCCCUGUUCUGUCACGCGGAAGAGCUGUUUAUAACCCACUGUACUACAGCGGUUCAAAUAUAUUUUGCUAU